GUAACCAGGCAACUAUCUAUUAUGUAACUUUAAAUUUUCACUUUGGCUCUCAAAAUUUAAAUCCACUACUUUUAAUAUUCUACAUAACAAAGUAGCAUUGAUUCAUAUAAAUUUCAACUAAAAUGUUCUUUAAAAUAUCUGAGGAGUAUGAGACGAAAAUGCCUUCUAUAAAAGAAAAGUAUGCAGAUGUGCAAAUUUUACUACUUGACAUAGCUGAACAAAAGCGACUCAGUGAAGAUGAAGUUUUCUUUAUCAAAGGAUUGCUGGAAGAACAAGCUACAGUGAUUAAUAUUUUAAAAGGAGAAAAUUUUCAAAUGAGAGAGAAACUGCCUGAGUUGCAGCCACUUCACCAAGAGUUUGCCAGCUACAAACAGGAUGCUACUGAAACGAUCCUGACACUCAACAACAAACUGAAUGAGACACAGCUCAAAGUUCUGGACCUUGAGAAGAAACUGACUAAGUUCGGUGUUGACAUUGUCUUCCUGGAAUCUUCCAAAACAAAAGAGCUGGACAGUUUGAACCAUCAGUGGAAGGACAAAUUAAAAGAAAUGGACAGCCAGUUCAAAAAAAUCAUAGACGAACUUGUAAAGAAACAUUGUGAGGUCAAGAAAGGUUACGAAACUGUGAUUCAUGGCCUUAAAGAGCAAAUAGCACACAAGGAAGCAGAGGUAGCAUGGUGCCAACUGAUGAUGAGGGAGCGAGACACAAACAUUGACAAGGAAAUUGGAAAUCUCAAAAAGGAGCUAGAGGUGGCUUCGAUGAAAAACCAAGAGCUCUUACAACAACGGGUAACUUUGAUUAUUCCUACAAUUUCUUUCUACCACUUAAUUUACACAUGCUAAACAACUUUUAGAGUG